UAAUUCUGUCACCAAGGAACGUCAAUCUAUCUUUCUCUUUCUGAAGGAAAGCUCUUGCAAAAAUGAAGGCUGUUCCCAACCUCCUUCUUCUCUCCCUGGUUCACUUGAUCGUCUUUCUCAAGCCAGUGAAGGCCGAGCAGACUGCAGUGAAGGCUCUUUUCGUGUUUGGGGACUCGUUCGUGGACAGCGGAAACAACAACUACAUUGAGGAUACUGAUGCGAAGGCGGACUACCCACCCUACGGGGUGGACUUCCCUCUGGGCCCAACCGGGAGGAUCACAAACGGGAGGAACCCGGCGGAUAUACUGGCGGAGCACUUGGGCAUCCCCGACUACCUUCCCGUGUUCAACAAUCCCCAGACUAAGGGUGCUCACAUCCUUCAUGGCGUUAACUAUGCCUCUGCUGGUGCUGGCAUUCUUGACACUACUUUUGUGGCCUGGCAUAUCAUACCACUGAGCCACCAAGUGGAGAACUUCCUGAACGUGACGCUGCCGGAGCUGGAGGCUGAGCUCAGUGACACUUCAUAUUUCAUGUCCCACGCCAUCUUUAUGUUCGUCAUAGGCGGCAACGACUAUAACUACCAUUGCUUUUUAUCAUCAGAUGAUUCAUGUGAUUUUGAAGAGCUCACUAGCAUCCUUAUUGGGAACUACACCGUCCAACUUGAGAAACUUUACAGCGCCGGAGCUCGGAAGUUUGUUCUGUACAAUAUACAACCAAGUGGCUGCAGCCCUGGUUCCAGAAUCCAAAAUGACGGGCAAUGUGUGGAGGAGUACAACGAUGCAAUGGUUAUGUUCAAUAACCAUUUGAAUGCUUCCCUGGAUGAGUUCAUGGAGGAGAUGCCUGGCUCCGUAUUCGUCUACGUCAACACCUACAACAUUAUCAGCCAAGUCAUUGACGAACCUGCUUCCUUCGGAAUAGAAGUGAUCAAUGUGUCUUGCUGCUACGUAGAGGGCUCUAAAGGGUUCGUAUGUGAAGAGUACGGGAGCUCGUGCUCGAACAGGAGCAUCUACCUCUACUAUGACAGGGUGCAUCCUACGGAGAAGGUGUACGACUAUCUCUCCACAAGGGCUUACCUAUCCAAUCUGAGCAGCGAAGUUCACCCUCUCAAUGUCAAGACGCUUGCCAACAUCUCCUUCAACUCCACGCUUUAUAAUGUGCCCUAUAAACUAUGGCCAGUGGAAGGCUUGAACAAUAAGGGGUUCCCGAUCUCCGGCCAAGAGGAGCUCCGGCCGGUUAGUUAAGCCCUUGGACUUCAGCCCUUCGAGUAGGAAGAAGGGAGGUUGAUCAAUAUCCAGGGAUUGUUGUUUUUGGUUAGAUUCUACAGGAGAGGGCGUUUCCUCCGGUUGCGUGAAUGGAAAAAAAAAAGGUUAAUAAUGAAGAAAAAGAGAGGGAUGGUUUGGUAGAAGAUUCCAGCAGUAGGUGCCUGAGAAGAAGAAUAAGCUUGUAAUGUAUACCAGCUUGCGUGAUGGUUUAUUUGCUGUUAUUCCAAUAACAUCCUAGGCGGUGGAGAUAUGUGAGGUCUCAAUGAGCUGUAAUCGUUAAUUCAGUGUCAGAUUUGAGUGCACUGUGGACCUGUGGUCCAAUUGUAUGAAGUAGUUCUAUGAAUUUUUGGUCAUUUUUCUACUGGUAAGAAUUUGUUAACUACAUAUUUAGUUAAAAAAAAAAAUUGGCUUCACGGAUGGUCA